AUGACUUCAGUUACAGGACAGUCUAUUUUUGAUUCUAUUAACAUGGUGUUAGGGAUGAUCAAUAAAGAUUGGUCAUCUGUUUUGGCAGUUUGUUUUGAUGGUGCAUCAUCAAUGUCAGGUCAUGUAGGAGGUGUUCAAGCAAAGUGCAAGGAAAAAAAUAAUAAAAUUCUUUAUGUUCACUGUUAUGCACAUUGUCUCAAUUUAAUCCUGAUUGAUUCAAUUUGUGAACAUUCUAGUACACCCAAUAACAGACUUAUAUUUAACUUUCUUGGUACAAUACAAUUUAUUUACAAUUUUAUAGAAGGAAGUCCAAUGAGACAUGCAGUAUUAGAGAAAUUUGCGUUAGAAACAGGAUCACACCUAAAAUCUUUAAAAUCAUGCUCCAUUACUCGUUGGGCUUGUAGAUCAGAAGCUGUAAGUGCAGUGAAAAAUAAUUAUAGUAUAUUAAUAGUUGCUAUUGAUGAAAUUUGUAAAAACUGUACUGUUCCGUGUAUGAAAGCUAAAGGUAUCGGUUUACUUCACCAACUUCAAAGUUUUGAAUUUGUUUUAGGCUUGCAUCUUAUGGAACCAAUAUUGAAAAUUAUUUUAAAAGUAAGUUCAGGACUUCAGUCUCCUAAACUUGAUCUAUUAACAGCUAUUAAUUCUAUUCAAGCACUUAAAAAUUCAUUAAUAUUUAUGAGGAAUGAUACAUUUUUUCAAAACAUUUUUGAAGAAGUUACUACCAAAUGUAUUGAUUUAGAUAUUAAUAUUCCCAUGGUUAAAAGAAAGAAAGUGACUGUGAAAUUAGAUAAUAAUUAUUCUAAUCAAUUUUUUGAUGAUUCCAAGUAUGAUGAACUCAGGUGUUCUGUAUUUAAUCCGUUAAUAGAUAAUCUUGUAAAUGGUUUAAGCAUAAGAUUCAAUCAAGAGAACUUAGAUUUGAUUAGUGCUGUGGGAAAUUUAUUGAAGUUAGAAUUAAAUAACAGUUUUUCAAAUAUUUUAUCUAAAUUAUUCAAUAUAUCAAUCGAUGAACUGGAAACUGAAAUUAAAAUUCUCAAACAUAUGCCUGAUGUACCAAGUGGUACAUCCAGUGAAUCUAUUUAUGUGUGGUUAGAUUGGUUAAAAGAGAGUGGACGGUUAGACAUUUUUAACAAUAUGUAUUUAGUAUUAAAAAUGUUUACCAUAAUACCAGUAACAAGUUGCACAUGUGAAAGAGUAUUUUCCAAAUUAAGCAUUGUAAAAAAUAAACUCAGAUGUACUAUGUGCCAAGAUAGACUAGAAUCAUUACUACUAAUAUUCACAGAACAAGAACUAGCAUGUAAAUUAGAUUUUAAUGAAAUUGUUGACGAAUUCAAAAAUGAUAUACCUUUUAAACGUCGAUUAUCAUUAUAA